UGACAUUCGCAUUCGAUUGAUUUUGAAAGUAGAAAUUUAAAUUAUUUUGUGAUGCUGAUCUGAGUUAAUUUUAUUUUUAAGUGUUUAUGUUAAACUAAACUUUUUUUUAUUGAUAAAUAAAUAGAGUUCGGUACAUUGAGCAUAAUUUUAAACAAGGCAAAUAACUGGUUAUAAUGCUGCGUAGCUGUUUGUUUUUAAAUGUUGCGUUGACACGUUCCAUAAUUUUGAAUAUUGUUAAGUGAAACGAAAUACAAAUAUUGAUGUAUAAAAAUGGAUAAACAUUAAAAUAUUUACCAUUGGAUGUUUCUUCGAUUCCCUGUUUUAUUUCUUCCAUGUUUUUCAAAAAUGUAAUUUACAGAUUUAUGUAUGCUUUACAAUUUGUUUUUUUAUAAUAUUUCAUUGUUACUUUUUUGUUACAGAUCCAUUUGCGCUCUUUAAUCAAAUUAGUGACGUGACGUUUCAGUAAAUAAAUUUGGAAAUCUGCCAAUUUCUUUGUCAUGACUACAAUGCAAACAGGAAAGCCAGAUGAUUGUCAAAAUAAUGACUCUAGUAACUUGUUUCCGAUGACAAUAGAUUCAUUGCGAUUUCCUUUAGACAGCACUAUGCGUAUUAUAUUUACAGGUUAUUUUAAUGGAAUUGGUGUAGAAGUUCGGUCUGUUCAUGAAAUGGCUUUGUUGUAUCAGAUGGGUUGCUUUGGUAAAGGUUCAUUUUCUCGCUCAAAACCCAAGAGACAUCAGAGCAAUGAUAGUCCUCAAAUAAUGCGUAAAAGACAGUUUCUUAAGAGGAAUUAUUGGUAUAAGAAAUUUAAUACUAGAUCAGAGACAACAGACUCUGAUUUGUUUUUCAAAGAGAUAGAUGAACUUUCUGCUAAAAUAGUUAGUGACUGUGAAAAUAAAAAUGUUAUAGAUUUAGUAUCAAGUGAUGAAGAUGAUAAUAACAUUACUGACUUUGUAAGUCCCCAAUUGGAUAAUUACAAUGCUAGUGAAAAGCAAGAUAUGGUUGUAGUUGUAGCCAAUAGUGAUUCUGAAGAGGAAGACUAUUUUGCUAACUUGAAACCUCAGUGUUGUCUCAAUAAAACUAAACUCGAAGAGAAAUUGAUGUUAACACUACAGGAGGCUUUUUUCUUACUCUAUGGUUUAGGAUGCUUACAAGUAGUUCAUGCUGAUAAGGUCCUGAAUAUUGAACAGUGUUUAGAAUUAUUCACUGAAACUGAUAAACAUUUUGUGACUAAAUAUGUUGUUUAUCAUUAUUUUCGAUCUAAAGGGUAUGUGGUAAAGUCAGGAAUAAAAUUUGGUGGUGAUUAUUUGCUAUAUAAGGAUGGUCCUGGAGUUGCACAUGCUGAAUUUAUAGUAAUUAUUAGAAAUAUUGUAGAAAAAAAUAGUGAAUUCAAUUGGGUUUCAGUUUUAGGACACAACAGAAUGGCAGUUACUACAUUAAAGAAAGUAAUUAUUGCAGAAGUUGUGCAACCAAACAGUGAAAUAAAAAUACCUGAAGGUUUAUGUAAUUACAGUGUGAGAGAGUUGCUAUUAACAAGAAAUAUUCCAGUAACAUUAAACGAUGAUUUUAAUUAAACAUUUUAUAACAACAAAUAACUACAAUAUAUUAUAUUCUAUGCUCUCUUAA